CACAGCCCGACGGCAGCAGUCAGCGCGGCGAACGGCGCCCGCGCACCACCUCACGUGUGAACCGAUAUCACUAGAAAAUUAAAAACCAAUUUUCGGUACGUGUAAACGUUAAAUAAUAUUAUACAACUGAUAUGUGUAUGGACCGCGAACGGCUAAUGUUUACUAAACAACUGUGUUGUGGCAUAUACUUUGACCUGUGCGUUUAACUGAUAUACAACGGCUGUGUGUACUUAAUAGAAAACAUAUAAAUAAGCAGACAUGGCAAUGAAGGAAUGGCUGCAAUGGCUCCCUCCCCCGCGGUCUCUCUUGGCACUUCUGCUGGCUGUGGCCGGGUUCAGCGGACGACUCUUCGCGUCACAUUUCACCCACUCUCCGACUCUCUUAGUUGACACCUGCCAUUCACUCUGCAGAUUAGUAGGUCUUAUUACUACACUGAUUUCUUACAAGUAUGAAAGGGCUGAUGAAAUUGCGGGCCGGGAGGGUCGCCUCCGUAACACUUUUGGCUGGGCUCGGAUAGAAGUAGUUGGUCGGCUGUCGGUCCACGUGCUGUUCGCGUCGUUCGCCCUGGCUCUGGUAGUGAACGCUCUCCAACUGGGGGUGCACUCGUCACAUGGUCAGCCGCCGCGGUACCCGAGAGUUAUCGUAGGCAGUGCAGUCAUCGGAUUACUCCUUCAUGCUAUGAACUACAUGUUAUUAGCCGGUCGCGAAUUAAGCUACAGCCGUCGGCUAAGCGUAACAGAGGGCGGUGGUGUGGUCCUGAAAACUGGCUCAGGAGAGCCUGUGCUGGCCCAUGCACCUACUGAUAUCGCUAGCAGCCUGUUCGUGAUGGCCGCCGGACUGACAGCCGAAUGGGAACCAGUCGCCUCUCGGCUCGCCGACCCUGCGCUCUCAGCCUGCGCCGCUAUCGUCCUUGUCGUCUUCAACUACCCAUUCAUGCGUUCUGCGGGUCUGGUGCUGCUGCAGACGGUGCCAGAGGGAUUGGGCGCGUGCGAGCUGCGUGCGGCCGCUUUGUGCGUGCCCGGCGUGCUCGCCAUCCACGAGCUGCACGUGUGGCAGUUGCACCGCGACAGGCUCGUCGCCACUGCGCAUGUCGUUUAUGGAUCGCAUGAUGACUAUAUUAAAAGUUCAACUCCAGUAUGCGAAGUGUUCAAGCGUCACGGCAUCGGGCUAGUGACGUUACAACCCGAAUUUAUUUUCUCGUCCAUGCCGGGUACUGAUGAAGAAAAGAAAGCUAUGAUAGACUAUACUAAUCUAGCGUGCUCCUGCCCCUGCGCAAAGGAAUGCACCGCACCCCGGUGUUGUAAAUCCCCCGAGAUACCUUCAAUUACUCGCAUAUAACUUUGCUACGAGUUCCUGAAUACUUUUAUAAUGUCUUCAUUUUACUAAAAUAAUCAGAUGUCAGCCAAGUCUUGUCUCGUGAGAAAUCAAAAUAACUGUUCCUGUUUUUUAUAAGCAGUAAAUAAUUGAUGCUAAGGUACUUUUAUUAGGAACGAAGGAAUUGACUCAUGAUUUUCGAGUUCCUAAUAAGUAUUUUAAACUUUAAAACUUACUACCACGUAAAUAAAUUAAGAUGAAUAACCAAAGAUAUUCAGUUGAACUGUUGCCACACGCGGUGAAAUUUCUAAUCCAUGACUGUUACAAAGAACCGCCUACAAGAGUGAAAGUACGAUGCAUAAAAACAUGGGAGACGUCGGCACUCCGAACAUUGUCACUCCUUGCUCUUCCACGCCUGUUAGCUCGUUAGCGUACGGCCAUAUUACAUUAUACCUCCAUUUACAUUGAUUUUCUUUGUUACCGUCGUCAAAACGUAGACACGCUCAAUCAUAGAAGAGAAUAAGUCAGUUUUCAAUUUCUCGUAAAAACAACUGCAUUGUAUUCUAUAAGUAAUUUACUGAAGAAAGUGACAUUCACUUUAUAACAUUUCUAUUGCGAUACCUACUGGAAAUUGUUAAAUUAAUAAUUAUUAUACACUGCCAAAUAAUUACUAACAAUAUCUAUCAAACAAUAAAAACGACUAAAGCAUUAUUGAUAAUGUUGAGCCGUUUGAUAUAUUGAUAUAAUGAGAUAAUUAUGACAAUAAUAGGAUAAGAAUUGAGUAUAUAUUAUAUUACUUGAUAAUAUUAGGAAUAUAAGUUAUUAUGUAUAAUGUACGAGUAUUUAGUUUAAAGUGACAAAGGAAAGGUGGCGUACAAAUACGACUGUGAUGUUCCUUUACAGUAUUAUAUAGGGAAAUAUAAUUAAGGAUUUUAUGUGUAAAUGUUGACUUAACAUUAGAUUAUAAGAGCUAAUGUACAAAGAUUUGUUGACAUUUGAUUAAGAAACAAACAAAAUAAAUAUUUCGUCCAAA